CGACAACACAGCUGCGGCCUCUCGUGAGCACGAGCAAGAUUCAACCAUCACUUUUCAGCCAUUUCGUUGGUCAAUAUGGUGUUCUCGAGCCCAGCGUGGGUGCCGGAUAUCCCAUGGGAAAUUCCAGACUCGAUUCCUCUGGGCCAGGCCACCCUGGCAGGAUUGAACGGCGACUCUGAGAAAAGUGCUACCGAUGUAUUGCUUGUCGACCCCAUAUCAGGCAAGUCCUACUCUCGAGCGGAUCUGAAGCAAAGAGUCGAGUGGUUGGCCGGAGGCGUGGCCAAGGAACUCGGGUGGUCCACCAACGAGGGCUCACCCUGGGACAAGGUGGUGGCCAUCUACAGUCUCAACACGAUCGACUUCUUCGCACUCAGCUGGGCUAUCCACCGUCUCAACGGAAUCUGCUUGCUACUUAACCCUACCAGCUCUGUGGGCGAGAUGAUAUCGCACAUGACAGCGGCAAAGUGCGGCGUUAUUUUCACGUGCGAAACACUGGUAUCCACCUCGGUCGAAGUUGCGACUCGCCUGUCUAUUGCACAGUCUAGGAUAUUCACGCUCCCUCUACCGGAUGGAUUUCUCAAGAACCCCGAGCCAACCGACGGAUUCAAGAGCCUGGAAGAUCUGGUCGCUUUGGGUCUUCAGGUGCAGCCACCCGAGCCGCUCGUAUGGAGGAAGGGUCAAGCCAAGGAGCAAGUUGCGUAUUUAUGCUCAACGAGUGGCACUUCCGGGAAGCAGAAACUGGCCAUGAUCACGCACUAUAGCCUCACAAUUAAUACAUUACAGAUGUCGGCGCACGAGAACGUGCAGGGGGAGUCCUGGCAUCCACACGCCGUUUCCGGCGUACUCCCAUUCACUCAUGUUUAUGGUCUUUUCAUCGGCCACGUCGCAGCCUGGCGCGGCGAGACACUCAUUGUCCUGCCACGAUUCGACAUGCAGCUCAUGCUGCAGUCGGUUCAGCAGUAUCGCAUUGCACGGCUCUACCUUGUGCCGCCAAUCGUUGUUGCGUUGACGAACAAUCCGUUUUUAUUCGAGAUGUUCGAUUUGUCCUCGGUAACAAGCAUUGCCAAUGGCGCGUCCGGGCUUGACCGAAGCCUGGCGGACAAGGUGUACGCCCAGCUCCCCAACUGUAAGGUCCUGCCUGGAUAUGGGCUAACAGAGACUGCCGUCUUGACGAACCUUACCGGCGCGCACGACACGUGGGCGGGGUCGUCUGGUUCCCUUUUACCCCUGACAGAAGCUCGGCUCGUCGGCCCUGACGGUGAAGAGAUUGAGUCGCUAGACAAGCCGGGAGAGAUUCUCUUCUCAGCGCCUAAUCUGUUCAUAGGAUACCUCGGAAACCCCGAGGCGACCAAGGCCGCGUUCGAUGAACGCGGCUGGUUACGGACUGGCGACAUCGGCAUGUUCAAGAAGAGCCCUAAUGGUACCGAGCAUCUCUUUGUCCUGGAUCGAAUCAAGGAUAUGAUCAAGGUCAAGGGACUUCAAGUCGUUCCUGUUGAUAUCGAAGUUGUGUUGCGCGAGCAUCCAGCCGUCGCCGAUGUCGCUGUGAUUGGUGUGCCUGAUGAAAAUGCUGGGGAGCGGGCCAAAGCUUUCGUGGUCCGCUCUCAGUCGGGAAGGGACGAGCACGACGAAGAGGAUCUCCGGGAGAUGAUUGAUGAUUACGUGCAGGAGCGUUUGGACGAGACUCACUGGCUGCACGAUCGCAUCAUGUUUGUGGAGGCGCUUCCCAAGAGCGCGAGUGGCAAGGUCUUGAAGAGAGAGCUCAGGGCUCUGGCUGCAGAGUGGAACUGAGUUCCGGGUGGGACGGCGAAAAUGGGCUGCUUGGUAUGAUUUAUCAUCUGGUGGGUGGUUGAGGAUGAGGAUAAUUAGCGGGCAAAUUUCGGUAGGUACUAAGACGUUAAUCUGUACUUUGGUUCAGGUUUGUUCUCUCCCUUCGCUCUCUGCGCGAUUUGAGGUAAUCAUUAGGUACCUACAGUACCUACCAUAGCGCGCC